AUGCGUCGGGGUUCGGAUGAGCGCGACGAGCCGAAUGACGGCGAUGAGGAUUCGCCCGAAGACAGCAGCAGACAUUCACCCACAUCAAACAUCUCCUGGCGCAAUGCAGGCCCUGUCCUUCGCUCUCUCACCCUUUCCGCUUGCAUCUCCGGACUACUCUUCGGCUUCGACACGGGCGUCAUCUCCUCCACUCUCGUGUCUAUUGGUUCCGACCUUUCCAACCGCCCGCUGACAACACCGGACAAAAGCAUCGUGACAGCAAUCACUUCACUCCUGGCUUUGAUCUCUGCGCCAAUGACCGGCUUCUUCGCAGACCGAUAUGGCCGGAAAAGCGUCAUCCUUGUCCCCGCACUGCUCUUCGUGUUUGGUGCCGUGAUCCAGGCCGUGGCGACGUAUGUCUGGACUAUGGUAUUGGGGAGGGCUUUGGUGGGAGCUGCGGUGGGGAUUGCGAGUGGAGCGGUGCCGUUGUACAUCACGGAGCUGGCACCGGCGGAAUUGAGAGGGAGGCUGGUGACGGUGCAGUCGCUAUUCAUCACGGGUGGGCAAGUCGUAGCAUACGUGCUGGGAUGGAUCUUUGCCAGGUUGCCGCAUGGGUGGCGGUUGAUGGUGGGAGUCGGUGCUGUGCCGGCAGUGGUGCAGCUUGUACUUCUCAUAAGAAUGCCUGAGACACCAAGAUGGCUACUGCAGACGGGACAAGAUGAGCGGGCGAGAGAUGUGCUGAUCAAAGUGCACGAGGGCGUGCCUGAGAAAGAUCGUGCCAGAAUUGUGCAGAGUGUGCUUCUCAGUGUACAAGCUGAAAUCACCGCCGAAGACAAGACAAACGCAAGAAACGACAGCGACAGCUCCAGCGGUGUCCGCGACGCCAUGAAAGAACUCAUCAGCAUCCCAGGAAACCGCCGAGCCCUCACAAUCGCCUGUAUGCUGCAAGGCCUGCAACAACUCUGCGGAUUCAACUCCCUCAUGUACUUCUCCGCUACCAUCUUCGCCCUCGUAGGCUUCACCUCCCCGAUCCUCGCCUCCCUCAGCAUCGCCUUCACAAACUUCCUCCUCACCCUCGUCGCCUUCGCCUGGAUCGACAUCGUCGGGCGUCGCAACAUCCUGCUCCGCUCGAUCCCAUUCAUGGUCCUCGGUCUACUUCUCUGCAGUCUGGCGUUCUCCUUCGUCAGCAUCGAGCCCGCCCGCGACGCUGCUCUCAUCUACGACGCUGGAGACGGGAUCUGGAGCUGGAUGUUGAUCGCGAGCAUGGUUCUCUACGUUGCUGCGUACGCCGUGGGACUGGGCUGUGUGCCCUGGCAGCAGAGUGAACUCUUUCCCUUGCGAGUCCGCAGCCUAGGAUCUGGUCUUGCGACGGCAACGAACUGGAGCAGCAACUUCAUCAUCGGCAUGACCUUCCUCCCCAUGAUGAACUUCCUCACGCCGAGCAUCACUUUCAUGUGUUAUGCUGUGGUUUGCGUUGUUGGGUGGGUGGCGAUUUGGAGGAUCUAUCCUGAGACGGCCGGGUUGGAGCUGGAAGAUAUCGGUGAAUUGCUGAAAGAUGGAUGGAGUGUACAGAAGAGUGUGGAGGGUUUCAGGGAAAGACAGCGUGUGUUGGAUGAGAUGGAAGGGCGUUCGAGAAGAUCGUGGAGCAUUUCGAGUGGGAGGAUGUCGAGAGAGACGUGA